UAUUCAAUUGAAAACAGUGUCGUGUAGGUAAAACAAAAUUUUAGUUGUACACAAAUAAAUAAAAAUAAAAAGUAUGGAAGGGAAAAAGUUCCGGAAACCAGCGAGCAUUACAAUCAAUGGCUACCUUAACUUCCUGUGCCAAUACAAAAAGCGAUUUUGCGGAAUUUCCCCACAGGACGUUAUACGUUUCGGAGCUAGAGAAUGGAACAAGUUGACCCUCCAGGAAAAGGAACGCUAUAAGAAAAUGAAACAACCUGUGGCACCUCAUGUCUUUGAUAGGGGGUCCCAUGGGGACAGUACCGAUAAGUCUGAGCGGGAGAAACGUAGCCCUGUUCGCUCAAGGAACAAAAAGGAUAGGAAGCCAUGCAAGUCAAUCAAAAAGCAGGUCAAGAAGAAAGCAGCACCGCCCAUUUUUCUGGCAAAGAAACGCGGGCCAACUUCUUCUGGCCACGCGGGUGGCUUUAUAUCGUUUAUGCGCAGGUUUAAAAUUAUGAACAAACACUUGACUCCCAAUGAUUUGUUGAAAGCGGCAAUUCGUAUUUGGCGCGGUCUGCAAAGAAGCCAGCGCAAACCAUUUGAGAAGCCUCUUUGAAUUGUGAGAACUGGAUAUAGGAAACAAUUAAAUUUUUUGUCAAAUUUAUAUAUGGGUAAUUUCACGAUCGUACACUUUGGAAAUAAAAAAAACUAAAAAU